CCAGGCAUUACACUCAAACAAGAAGGGUAUUUUAGUAUUUUCAAUGGUCCCCUCCUUAUGUUGUGUCUGAGACAAUGAUUUUCCGUUCAAGAAUGGCUUGCAUAGUUGGCAAUGUCCUUCUUCUCCUUUACCUUACCACACCCAUGGAUCCGUACACUUAACCAUCUUCUGUUCAAUCUCUUUGUUCCUUCUCUUUGGCAGUUAGUUAAGCCGCUCCAAUCCACACACCCACCUACUUUCUCUCUCUAACUACUCUAAAAAUCUCAUCUUUUUUUCAUUCUCUCUCUUCAUUCCUUCAUUUAUUGCUUCCCUUUGCAUUCAUUCAAUCAAAAAUCCACAUUUUCAUUGGUUUUAGAAGGAGUUAUUAGGAGAUAGAAUAAAGGGUCUUUUUUUUUUGGGUUUGGAAGAUGCCUCUGGUGAGGUUGCAGGUGAGAAAUGAGUUUGGUUUGGGGGUGCCUGAACUCUAUAGAGAUGUUAAUAGAGAAGACCCUAAAGCUGUUCUUGAUGGUGUUGCUGUUGCUGGACUUGUUGGGAUCUUGAGACAGCUUGGUGAUCUUGCUGAUUUUGCAGCAGAGGUUUUUCAUGGUCUGCAGGAGCAAGUGAUGACAACGGCUUCUAGGAGUCAUAGAUUGAUGAUUCGUGUUCAAAACAUUGAAGCUUCCCUACCUCCAUUGGAGAAAGCUGUAUUGGCACAAACAAGUCACAUACAUUUUGCCUACACAGCCGGUUGCGAAUGGCAUCCACGCAUAAAAACUGCUCGAAAUCAUUUCAUAUACAAUGACUUGCCUCCUUUUAUUAUGGAUUCAUAUGAAGAAUGUCGUGACCCACCACGAAUGCACUUGCUUGAUAAAUUCGAUACUGGUGGCCCAGGAUCUUGCUUCAGGAGAUAUUCCGAUCCAACCUUCUUCAAGAGAGUAUCUGCAGUUUCUGAAGAACGGUACUCUGAGAAGACCGAAAAGGCUAGGAAAUCCCGGAAAAGCAAGAAGAGACGGGCGUCACGAAGGAACAGCGAACUUUUGAGGGGCGAACAAAUGCAUGGAAAUAGUGGCAGAAUGCAAUUUAUUUCUCCCUCAAUCAAUGGCCGAAGUUCAUCACAAACUGCCUCUACAAUAGACAUGACAAUGAAAUCGGAUUUGGAAGAUCGUUCAAAUUCUUUUGAUUCAAAGUCUGGUGCUGGCUACAUUGAAUGUGUUUUCCAUCCAAGCAAUUCUAUUCAAGCUGAUGAACUGGAUUGCGAGGAACCAUCCUCUUCAAAGUUGACGCAGAAAACCGAGACUCUUAAGUCAGUAUCUCCUCCUAUGGAUGAUAACAUUUCCCACGAUUCAUUGGAAAAGCAAGUUGCAUCUUCUUCAUCUGGUGUUACUUGGGAUGAAAAGGAAGAGAUAUUGGAAUCCAAUAGUCAAGCUUGUGAGACGGAUAAAACUCCAGAGAGGCUUGUGGAAAAACAAAACUCGGAUCGGCAUGUUAAUGAGGCUGUUAGCGUAGCAAAUAUUAGUUACAAUGAUAUUCUAUUUAAUGAAGAAAGAAACCUGAAACCAGUCUUCAGAGAGAUUCAAACAGGUGAUAUCGAUAGUGAGCCUGAUAAUGAUAAUUUCAUGGAUGCUCUUAACUCAAUUGAAUCAGAAUCUGAAGUUGAUUUUGACUAUGAAACAAAACGAGAGGUGCAGCGGGUUGCCUCGCACGCUACAUGUGAAAUGGUUGAAAAUGGAGGGACUCAAACUCCUUCUAAUUUAUUUGACAACGAUAUUCCUGACUCGCUACAAGAAAAUCCUCCUCUCAUGUCCGAGUCGCAUGCUUCUAAUUUGGGAUCAGCAACUAUGCCAAAUAUUCUUGAUAUUGAAAAGGUGACCAGAGACACUGUUUACUCAAACAACGAAGCAAUCAAUGAUUUGCCUGACUCGCCGCAAGAAAUUCCUCCUCUCAUGUCCGAGUCGCAUGCUUCUAAUUUGGGAUCAGCAACUAUGCCAAAUAUUCUUGAUAUUGAAAAGGUGACCAGAGACACUGUUUACUCAAACAACGAAGCAAUCAAUGAUUUGCCUGACUCGCCGCAAGAAAUUCCUCAUCUCACAUCAGAACCACGUGCAUCUGAUUUGGACUCUGCGAGUCCAUCAGAUGAUCCUUACAGCAAGGAAACAUUCGGGAAUUUUCCUGACAUGCUACCAGAAAUUCCUCAUUUCAUAUCAGAGCCACAUGAAUCGAAUUUGGGAUGUGUGAGUCCAUCAGAUGUUUCUGCCAGCAAACAAAUAUCCAAGAGUGAAGCUUGUUCUCAUUCCUCUGCGAGUCCCAUCUUGGAAAGGGAUCCUCAUACAAGUGAUAAUUUUGCUUUGGAUCACUUAGUAGGGACUCAUACCUCCAUUGAUUCUUCUACUGUUAAUGAUACAGUGUCAGCACCAAUUAGUACUGAUACAUCAUUUUCUGGCUCAAAAUUAUCAGACGAAAAAACUGGUAAGGUCAAUAACAUCUUCAAAUAUGAAGACACGCAUAAAGAGUCUUUUAGUGAUAAUUCGGUUAGGUUCUGGACUAAUGGUGGAUUAUUAGGACUCGAGCCAUCAAAACCUCCUGACUUUACCAUGUCAAGUUCCUUAAACCAAGGGUCUUUGAUGUCGAAUAAUGAGAUGAAUGGUGGUUCGCUUGGCAAUUCAAUGCAAAAAAGCAAUGGUUCAACUUACAAAGAGGGUCAGGAAUCAUCAGAAAAGGUUACUCAACAGACUCUAAAGGAAUCAAGUUCUAGAUAUGAUGAUCAGGCUUGUACAUCUGAAAAUACCUCUCGGGGUUCUCAGCAGAGUAAUGGUCACACUAAGAGGAACAUUUUGGCAGAACGAAAUGUAUCUGCAUCUGGAACGGUUCUCUCAGCAGCAGCUGACACAAAGGAUUGUGCUGAAACGGACCAGAGGAAUGGUGAAAACUCGUCACAGGUGUUUGGACUUGGCCAUAGAUUAUUAAUAAAAAGCUUCAACCGCAAAGUUUCGUUUGACGAAAAAUCUGGACCUUAUGGUUCUUUGAAAUCUGUUAUAUUGGAACAGAGUGAACAAAAUGGCAUUGUAAGACAGCUACAUCCUGAGACAACCUUCAAAGAGAAAGUUAGUUUCAGAUAUCCUAUAGAUUCACUCCCUCCUUCACCGCCACUCGAACAUAUGAAAAUAUCUUUCCAACCUCUCAGUGGACUUGAGACCUCCAAGCUAAAACUGCAAUUUCCCGAUGGAAGUAAUCAUCAUGAAAGUAUAACAGAUAUGUUUCCUUCGUUCCAAUUGGUACCAGAGUCCUCCAUUCCGAUGGACGAUUCAGGCUCUCACUCCGACGGUGAUGACACGUUCUGUAGAUCAUCUCCUUGUGCAUCCUAUGAUUGUCAUACCCCUCGCUCGGACUAUGACUCUGAUCAGUGGGAGUCCGAUGAAACUCCCGAAAGCAGUGACCAUGGCGGCAUACAUGAUUCUCCUCACAGAAGCUCAUCAACUGAAUCUAUCUUAAGUACCAAAGAACAUGACAGAAUGUCCAAUAAUGACACUGACGUAAAAGACGAUCAUACGAAUCGCGUGGAAUCUUCCUUAUCCGGGCCUUUACUUGAUUUUCCAUGUUUCGAAAACGUGAAUCCUGUAGUUGAGAAUGAAAGCAAUCAACAACAUGAACACAGUAAUGAUGUUAUGUCGCAUAGUUAUGCAGAGCCUACUCGACCACCACCACCACCUCCUCCAGUUCCUCCAACACAAUGGAGAGUCACAAAACCGCAGUCGGACAAGUCAAAUGAGAUACAAAAUUCUAUAUCCGAUGAUGCUGAACGAAUCAAAGCUCAAAGUCUUCCAGAAUCUAAUAUCUUCGAACAACCUAAGCAUACUGAGGUUGAGCAAAUACAACAUAAUCAAGACGGUCACGAGUCUUAUGAUACUGUUAUACAUAAAUUGAAGGAAAAGCUGGGUCCACCGAAGUUGAAUAGUCAGAAGGAAGUUAAUCAGUUGAGAAUGGGACAUGAGACAGAUGAAAGAGAAGAUUUCCUUUAUCAAAUCAGAACCAAAUCCUUCAACCUGAGGCCUACAGUAACAGGAAAGUCGAACACUUCAACGGGUCCCACUGCAAACGUCCAAGUUACAGCAAUUUUGGAGAAAGCAAAUGCAAUCCGUCAGGUUGUCACGAGUGAUGAAGGCGAAGACGACGAUGAUACCUGGAGUGAUACAUGAUUUUUUUUUUAAUUCUUUUAAUUUUCAUACAUGAGUAGAGUCAUCUGUUUCUUUUAGCCUCUUGAAAUGAAGUUGCAUUGCAUGAGGCUUUGUUGUAUGUAAGCAUGCAUGUGUGAAUAAAUCAUGUCUAUUUUUGUUAUUAAUAGUGCAGUAGUGGUUAGUUUCCUUAA